AAAUUACCUAAAAACUAAAUACUUUUUUUAAACAGAAAGAGUUACUUUCCCACCACCUAAUUUAGGUGUACUGUUUUUUGCGCCAAUAUUUUUUAACCUCCCGCUAAAAGGUCCCAAAUUAGCGUCUUUGUUCCCACCAAAAAAUUAGCUUCCCGCUAAAUACCUUCCUAACAACCCACGAAUAUAUAAUUCUAGACCAAACGACGGCGUCUUCACGGGCGAUUGGAUCUGAGCUCUCGUCUCAGUUCAUCUGUGCUGCCGGCGUCAUGACGGCGUCAACAGAGCGAACCACGUCAGGUGCACGGCGUCAGGGCACAAUGAUGAAUUUUACGGAGGAUGCUCCUGUAAAGAAAGGCUCUGUUCUCUUAACAAGGAUGGAAAGUAUAACGGCAUACAAAAACCAACGUGGUCAACCCAAAUCUGCAACUCCAGAACAAUCUGACAUUCCAGUGUCUGCUAAUGACAUGUGUUCCCUUGCUGAAUGGCCAUCCCAUGCUCGCCGCAACUGUGCGCGACUACAGGAUGAAGCUGGUGGACAGAAGAAGAAAGGGCGAGGUGUUCUAAAAGGUUUUAAAGCAUCUAAGAAGCAUUUUGCCAAUGGAUCUGCAAAGCUAAAUAUUACAUUCUCUGAAAAAUUGGGUGGUACAGUAGGAAUGAACUAUCGUUCGUUCAAGGAUGACGUGGUAGUCAUAAUGAAAAGAAAGUUACCACUCAUUGGAGUGAGGACAUGGUCGGACAUUCACCCUACCAUUCAUCGACUCAUUGUUGCAGAUAUAAUAGACAGAUGGGACCUGGAAGAUACACCAGAAACAGAAGAAAAAGUUCUCAAAAUUGCGAAAGAGAGAUAUAGAGGCUGGCGAUCAACUCUAAGCUCCACUUACAAGGCAUACAAAACAGAUGCAGCUAGAUUUGCUAAUCUGCCUGAAGAUUUACAACCAGAAGAGUGGGAAUGGAUGAUUGAUUACUUUGGCACUGAUUCAAAAUUUCAGGAACACAGCCAAAAGAACGCUGAUAACCGUAAGAAACAGAAGACAAAACAUAUAAUCGGAUCAAAAUCUUACUCGCAAGUUAGUUUUGAGAAGAGAAACUUACAAACUGGAGAAGAGCCAGAUUGUAUUGCUCUAUGGGAACUCACCCACAUAAACAAUGGAACAUGGUCUAACACAGAUUCCCAGAAAGUUUACGUGAGUACACUGACUUUUGGUUAUUCUAUAGUUAGUCAAUGAUGUGCAUUCGGCAUG